UUUAUCUGAAUGACGUCAGGACACGCGUGUGAUUGUUUAAGGUACUUGUAUGUUGAUCAAGGCUAUAAAUAUUCAAUUAUAGAUAAUCAAGUGUUAUCAGGAUGUUGUGUUUAUAACAAGUUUUGACUCAUCAUCACCAAUAAUUCAGAUCUAAAUAACCAAAAAAUAAUAAUAAUAAUAACGAAUGUUAAUAAAUAAUUUAAAACAACAUUAUAAAAUAUUUAAUAAACAAACACACAAAAAGGGAAUGGAAAAUAACAGGUGAUAAAUAUUUUUACUGAUAGUUUAUUGUUGUCAUGACACAAGCAACACAAGCACGAUGAUGUCGUUUAAAAAAAAUGGAAACAAGGUUAAUAACCAGGACAAAGCAAAAUUAGAGCAUAAAUUAUAUUUAGCAAGAGAAAAUCCAGAACCAAUUUUUGAUAUAUCUGAUUGCAAUGUCAAGGCUGUACCAAAUGGUAUUUAUUCACUAUGCAAAGUAUUCAGAAAAAAAGAGCUGAAAAUGAUGAAAAAUAAAUUAUCAUCAUUGUCUGGUGGUGGCAUGAUAACUGAUCUUUCAUUAUUAACAAUUUUAGAUUUAAGUGAUAAUGAAUUUGACAGUUUACCAAGUGAAAUUAAUUAUCUAAAAUCAUUGGAGGAAUUUUAUUUACAAAAUAAUUGUUUAAAAAAACUACCUAAAGAAUUGACUGAAUUGACCAAAUUAAUAAUCAUCAAUGUAUCCAACAAUAAGCUCAAGUCAUUGCCAGAAAAUAUGAAUAAUUUAAAAAAUUUAAAUACCCUGGAUAUCAGCAACAAUAAAAUAACAAAAUUACCAAAAUCAUUGGGUAUGCUUGAACACUUGGAGACAAUUAAUUUUGAUGGUUUGAGUAUUGAAUAUCCACCUGGUGAUAUUGUCCAGCAGGGUCUUGUUGCCAUCUUGAUAUUUCUUGCAAAAGAAUGUGGAAUUAAUUGUGAUAAAAUAUCAGAAAUUAAUAAUAAAGUUUCUGAUUCUAAUCAAUCAAUUAAAUUAAAAAAUAAAGAUGAUAAAAUUGAGGAAACAUUAUUGAAGAUAGAAACAGCAAAGGAACGAAGACAAAAUGACUUGCUAGAACUUGAAAAAACAAUUAAAAAUCAUCAACAGUACGAGUUGGAGCUACAAUCUUUACACAAUGAUAAUAAAAAAAAAUUGCUAGUUAAUUUAGCAGAACAACAGACAAAAUUAGAAAUUGAAAUAACGAAAGUACAACAAGAAAGAGAAAUAAAUCGUUCACGUUUAUUGUCAUUUAUUUAUGAUACUGAAAAAGAUGCUGAUGGUAUUAUCAAAGAAUUUCUAUCAACAAGUGAAGCUGAACGUCAAACACAAGCUGAAUUACUUGAACGUGAAAAAAAUGAACAAAUGGGAAUACUAUCAAAAUGUCAUAAUGAUCAAUCAGCAUGUCGAACAAAAGAAACACUACAUUCAAUGGAGUUAUUAUUACAAGAAGAAUUAUUAGCUGAAAAAAAAAUAGAAGAAUAUACAAAAUAUCGUGAUUCCAAUGCUCAAUCAUUAUUAAGUGUAGAAUUAAUAAAUAAUAAUCAUUUAGCAGAAGUUGUUAAGGAUCAAAAAAAAGAUCGUGAUGAUUUAAUUGAUAAAAUAAAAAAUGAUGAGAUACUACAAAAAGCAGCACUUGUUGGUCUUCUUGAAAAAAGUGAUACAAGAUCAUGGAGUAUUGUUCAACAAGUUAAUCUUGUACAAUCACAACUUGUUGCAUUGACAAACAUUGAAUUAGAAAGAAAAAAAUUACAAGUUAAUCAACAAAUAAAUGAUCUUGCUGAUAAACGUGUUAUACUAAGUGAAAUAUUAAUUGAUUUAUUAAAUCAACAAGAAAAACGUCGUGGACAAUUGAUGGAAACAAUUGAUCAAAUGGAAAAAAAAAGAGAAAAAGAUAAUAGUCUAUUUUGGUUGAUGCAAUAUCAAUCAUUGAUGGAAGUUAGACCACAAGGAUUGCUAGAAGGUUUAGAACCAACACUUGUUCGUCAUGUUGCUAUUGCUGGUGCCUUACAUUGCCUUCCAUUUUUAUCAACAUUACCAGGAAUGCUUCCUCAUGUAACACAUGAUGAUUUAAUUGAAAUUGGUAUUAAUAAUGAAAAUGACAGAUGUGCUGUUAUACUUGCAGCUAAUAAUUAUUUAGCUGAAAUAAACAUGUUGGAUUCAUCAACAACAAAAAUUAAUGAGCCUUCAACUAGUGAUACUAAUAAUCAAGACAACAAAUCAACAAUGUCAAGUAUUAGCUCAACAGAGUGUGUUGUUUGUUUUGAUUCUGAGUGUCAAGUUAUUUUUUUACCAUGUGGACAUUUGUGUUGUUGUGAAAAUUGUUCAAACAUGGUAACAACUGAAUGCCCUAUGUGCCGCACUUUGAUACAACGAAAAAUUCAAGUUAGAAAACCUUAAUGUGCAAAUUAUUAUUUAUAAUAAAUUUCCACGUUUUGAUUGUUUAUUAAUUGACAUCAAUAAUUUUUCAAAGUAUUAAAUAGUGUGAUAAUUAUUUCAUUGUCACGUGUGUCGUUUUUUAUACAAAAUAAUUCACAUUUGUUGUUGAUAAAAAUUUUUUACAUUUUAAAUUUUUUUCCAUUUUGUCACGUUGCGCAAUGAAAUCGAUAAAUAAAUUAUAAAUUGUGCCUGAAUUUUAGCAUAAGAUGAUAAUGUAAAAAAAAAAAAAAUAAUAAUAGUCUGCCUUUAGCACUAAAUAAAUAACACAAAUUUGUAAUAGUAUUAAUAUGAACAAAACAAAUAAAUUUAUUGAAUUGUCUUUUGUAAAAAUAAUGAAUUUAAUGAAGAAAAAAAAAAAAAAAA